AUGGUUUUACGUUCGUGCUACAUUCCGAUACUGCUGGGCUGGUGCAAUAUAGCCCUAGCACAAUGGGCAUCGACGACGACCUUUACCUUUGACGGCAACGCGUUGCCAACAGGACUGGUGGCAUCACCGGACACGGUGAAAGACAAAGAGUCCAACCUAGAUGCCACGUUUGAUCAUCAAUUCAAUGUCUCGAACGUUCAAGUUCAAGAUGGCUAUCUCGAGCUCCGAGUGCCAGGCGGCCAAACCACAAGCCCAAUCCAAUGCGCGGAGGUGUCGACAGACUUCGAAGUCAUGUAUGCCAGCGUGAUGACAUACGCGAUCCUGGUCGAUGAACCUGGUGUCUGUAAUGGCAUGUUUUUCUACCACUCCGACAGUCAGGAAGUCGAAAUCGAAUGGAUCAGUGAUGCCAACUCAACGUCAAACCAGAAUACCAACAACGGCACCCGUGUCAUGCAAUACACAAAUCAAGGCCCCCAUGGCACUGCCGACUCGUCCGAGGUCAAUGGUAUGGCGGCCGACAAUGCCACAGAGGCAGUCCACGAAUACCGUAUCGACUGGGUCAAUGGUGCGAGCACCUUCUUUCUAGAUGGUGUCUUCCAAUAUGAGCUGGAGACAAAUGUGCCAACGACAGCAGGCAACUGGAUCUGGAAUAAUUGGGCCAAUGGCGAUCCUGACUUUACAGUUGGACCGCCUGCCACAGAUGCAGUCUUCCGUAUUCAGAAGAUUGUCAUGCACUACAAUACCUCGGCCGACAAUACAGGCACCCCAUCUGCAGGCAACGGCACGGCUCCCGGUGGCGAGACCGGCGCAGGCGCAACGAUGGGUGGCCCAGCUAUGGUCCUGGCGGCUUUCGGCUCAAGUGUAUUGUCGUACCUGCUCUGGUGA